UUUUGAAUAUACAUAUUGUUCUCUUUAUAUUUUGUUUCAGUUAGUACCAGUGAUCAUUCUGGAAGAUGUUCUCAUAUACCACCAAACCCUAUGACAUCAAACGUGAUAUCACCUCUCGGUUCAGCGCCAAAUCAAUCGUGUAUUCGUGGGCGUCGUCUUGCUCGUUGUACAUCCCCCCGUACAACAAGUUUGUGGCCCACGUUCAACUUGAUCGCUAAUCCUGGUAAUGAUAGGCAGCAUUUUACUCAAUUACCAGGUCCAUCAAAUUCAGAUGCUAGAAUUGGAGCAUGCUCUUCCUUGGGUGUUUUAUCACCCAGUGCAGUUAGUUCAACUUGUUCUCCGAUUCAGAAUACUCACUUUUCACAUUCACGAAGUCGUCCUAUACCUGGCCAAUUUCAUAACGUAGUUUUAACUCAUUCUAUGUCAACAGCUGGUUAUACACGAGAUACUAAUAAUAAAGGUCGUCAUCGUAGCGGUAGUUCUAUGUCCUCUGAAAUUGGACAAUAUUCUAUGAAUGUUAAAGAGUUGACUUCUCCUCCUACUGCCUAUCUGGAUUCAACUUCAACUUAUCCAGGUCGAUGUGGUUCUUAUAGUGGUGGUUGUGUUGUGGGUAACUUGAAUAGAACUGCUACUUCCUCGGCUGUUGUUACAGUUGGCGGCGGUGGUGUUAGUUUACCGACACCAAAUCAGAAGCAGAGUUUGAUGGGUGCGGCUACUUCCAAGCCUGUACUGUUAGGACAGCUCUCUGGGAUUUAUCAAAAUGUGGUCACUCGUAAAAAGCAACAACAACCUAAUAUGCUAUGGGAUAAUUUUGAAUCGACAUCUAGUACAGAACAACAAUACUUCUCGCCUAGUUGUCCAUGGUCUACAAUGAACAUAAGUGGUACUGGUAAUAAUGAUAGUAAUGAUGGGAUUAAUGAAACAGAAAAUGAUUUCAACACUUUUUUGGAUCAAUAUCAUAUGCCUAUCGGUAUUGCUAGUACAUCUUCUGUUAGUAAUUGUGAUGAUACUAGUCGUGAUAGUGGUUUAGUUCUUGAUAUGACAUUGCCUCCAACUUCACCGCUUGAAUCAAAUUGUGGUGGAUUUUUAAACAGUAAUCUCGAUGUCGAUCUAUUAUCUCAAUUGACACAAUCGCAACGACAACAACAUACUUCAUCUAACACUGCUGCGUCUGCUGCUGCCACCGCUUUCUUCGAUGAUAUUAAUGCAGUUUACCCAACAUUUUCUCAAGAUAUGGUUUUUCAUUCACCAUCUGAUGAUGGUUUCAUUUCGACACAUUCUACUUCCGAGGAACUAGAUCAUCCUCAACAUCGUCAUCAUCAUUCUUCGUUUUUAGUUACUGUCACUACAAGUAGUAAUGUUGGUGUAAGUGAUUGUUCAUCAUUGCCAAAUUUUUACGCAUCGAAUCCAGUUAGUAUACCUGGUAGGGGAGGAAAUAAUAAUAAAGAUAUAAAAAGUUUACAAAUGCGUUGUGAAUUCUUGGAUUCUAUCACAUGUCAAUCGGAUAAUACUUUACCGCAAUAUGAUUCAGCGCAAUCGACUAAUUUACAACAGGCUGGUAGUAGUAAUAGUAGUAUUAUUCGAUCGAGUAAUUUUAUCAAAUCAAAUCAACACAUAGUAGGCUGGCCUUCAACUUUUAUUGAUGAAACUGGAUAUCAUCGGCACAGUUCUCCUAUAUCUUCUCCAGUAUCACUAAGUAGUAAGAGUAAUAACAAUCGAUUUUCAUCAAUUGUUGGUACACCCCUUGGACGCGUUAAUCUGCCAAUUUUGGCGGCGGCAGGAGUCGAUUUAAAUGCUUCUGGAUUAGCCAGUAGUGCUAGUAGUAGUUCUACCAGUGCUAUAUCAUUUGGUACCAUUGGUUCCCGUGUUCAUCACUGUUCAAUGACAUCGGAAUCCACAGACCAACCGGACAAUAACCAGUCAACUAGAUCACAACAAUAUUCAGAAUGUUCAACUCAGGGUGGUAUUUCUAAUGUGUCUUCAACUUCAUCUCCCAAUCAACUGGAUCUUGGUGGAACUCGAACAAGUUCUAGGAUUUUCUCACAUUCAAUAAAUGAUAACUUUACCAACUUACCGCAGUCACCUAUUCUUUUAUCGUCUCCAUUCAGUAAUCCAGGUUGUGAUCUAGAGCGUAUAACUUUACGUCGUGAAUUAGAUGAAGUAAAACAACUUUUAGAUUCAAAGGAGGGUGAAGUGGAAGUUUUAAAAAAGCAAAGAGAUUUUGUUACAGAACAUUUACGUGAUUCGCUUGGUGUAAUUCGUCGUUUAUUUCAUUCAUUGAAUAUAUCGCCAUCAGCUUCGACUGAUUUAUUUAAACCAUUAUUUAUUGAUACCGAAAUUAAUAAUAUUAGUAGUGAACAGAGUACCGGUUGUUGUUAUGCUCAAAGUUUAUCAUCAGAAUCAAAUCCAUGUGAGAAAUUUAAAACGUGUAUGCAAACUUCACCUAUGAAAAGUCCUAGUCCAAGUGGACCAAUUGAUUCAGUUAGUCGAAACCCUCUACAACAACAAGAAGCAUUAGCAGCUCUAUUCGCUAACCCACUUGUAUCAGCACUUUUGAAUAGUCAUCAUAAUAAUGAUAUUGAUACGACAGAUGAUGAUGGUUCCAACAAGACAAAGUCUGAAACGCAGGUUUGUUGUUAUUUAAAUUAAAUAAAUUUUUGUUAGCUAUUCCUAUGAUAAAUGGUAUUGGUCACAAAUUGAACUCAUUUGGUAUACUAUUGAAAAUUAGGGAGUGCUUUAUAAUCAUUGCAUCCUAGUAUGGAGCUCCUCUGCAGUGCACACCUAUAACCCUAUCAGCGAUCGAUCUGAGAACCUUCAGGGUUUGUAGUAAAUGCUUAACUUUUAGAAUCAUUGUGUUGACGUCCAUCACAUCAGUUAGUGGCUCUAUAAUCUCACGUGACAUCUCGGUUUAGCUUCUCAUGAUUUUCUUCUGGCAUAUUCCUGCAUCAACAAAUAUCACACAUUGAAGUAGUUAGUGGUCGAGGAUGCAUAAUACACACACAGAUAGGCAGUAUUUGAGCAUCUGUGACACAUAUCCCAACCAUUUUGGUGAAUGAGGAUUUACUAACUGAUCAACCGAUUCGCCACCUAAUAUUUUACGUCUAACUUCAGCAUUGAUCAUUCAAUACUCUCAGCAUACCUGAACAAUGCUUUUAAAAUAUGUAUGAUUAAACACUGGUAACCUACGAACACCCUUUCAGUCAGUCGCAACAUUGAACUUGAUAUGUAUAUACAUCGGUUCAAGUUGCUAUACCCCAUUAGCACAGAGAUGAAAAUAUCAAGCCAAACCCAUAAUAGUAAAUGGGUUUGGCCUGAUGAACAUUGAUUCUUCAAAGAGCCACGACUAUCACAACUAUCAAAUACCAAAGAACAAACUAUUGGGUGAUAUACUUGUCCUUUGACUAAGAGAAAAAUUAAUAUGUCUCAUGUGUCAUAAAAAGUUAUAUAAUUUGAUAUAAAGCUCAUUAGAUUUUCUCAAUUUGUAUUGAGAUUUCAUCUGAUCUUAUUCCUCUUUUAAAUACUAACUUCAACAAGGUGGGCUACUGGCCGGUCAUAGUUUCCAAUGCGUUUCCAUCCAUUUCAUAUAAUACUACUACUAUUCUCUCUAGUUGGUUAUAUUACUAUUGUUUGCACGAAUCUAUCUAUUCGUGCAAUCUGUAAUAAUUUCGUAUACACUAUUCUUAAUUAUUUAUAUUUGUGUGUAUGCCUAUGAUAGUACUUCCUAAUGUUAUGUGUUGUAUAGGUAAUAUAUGUGUAUACAAUAAUAAUACCAUUAUAGAAUAAAUUAGUUUUCUGAUGUUUGUAUGUUAUGUUGAGUGUAUUGUGUUACACAUGAUUUUCUAUUCUUUCCUCUACCUUUUUUCGAUAAAUCUAGAGAGAUAUUUAAAAAAACGUGUUCACUUAAUAACAACAACAUAAUUAUGUACUUUUUAAAUAUAUAUAUGAUUCUUUUUUUCAUAAGUACAUUGCACAUGUUUGCUUUGUUUAUUCAUUCGUUCACGUGGUGAUAAGUACUCUCCUGUUAUAAAGAAAAGGAUAUUGUGUGUGAUUACUCUGGUCAUUCCGUCCUUUUUUAUAAAGUAAAAACUGUAAUUAUAAUCAUUCCAAUCAAUUUUUUAUAUUUGCCUGCAUUUUUUCGUUCCCCUCUCCUUCUUUUCUGGUAGGUUUUUAUUAUCGUUGUAUAGUGUUAGUGAUUAAAAGUUAUCAAACUAUGUCCUGUUAUAUGUGAAAAAAAAAUCAGUAUUUCAGCUCUUAUUCUUACAUGAACUUGGUAAUCAGUCGCCUCACUGUUAUCGUUACUUUAGUAUCUAAUUGUUUGUGUGUAGUAUUCGUCAGGGAUUGAUCUCAUUUAGGAUAGUAAUACUGAAAAACAGUGUUGUACCGGACGACCCUUUUGUACUUCUGCGGAGUCCCAUGCUAAGACGAAACAAUUGCAUAGUGGUCCCUAGCUUUCAGUAGUAUCUCAAGUCGUUUUGACCCUAGCAAGGUAGGUAGUCAUUUCUAAAAUACUAUCUCUAGUCUGUUUCUGCCGUAUCGUAGUUUCACUCUAUUUGUCUCUUUUGUUAAACGUAUGUAAUAUGAAACCAGAAAUGUGUGUGUGUGUGUGUGUGUGCAGUUUUUCCUACAAGCCACUAAUCUCCUAUCUUUCUCGCUUUGGACACCGCAUUCAUUCCUGAUAGAUAAUAAAGUUUUCUUAUAUUUUCUCAUUUAUUCUAAUUCAUGAUUUUUUUCCUGCAGUAAAUAAACGUUUAUUUUAUUAAUAUUUCUUUUCUAAAAAAUAUCUAUAUUCAAUUUUAGUUUCAAAAUUGGAAUUUACCAAACAGUAAUUAUAAUACAGAUUGUAUACAACAUGAUAAUGAAUCAUCUGUGCACGAACUCAAAGAAACUUUCAAUAAUUCAUGUUUAUUAUCAUCUACUUGUGCUGGUGUUGAUGAUGGUGGUACACAUAAAAAUUCUGAUUAUAAUGAUGAUGACGAUCUAUUCUCUGCAUCAGGUUUGCUAUCAUUAUCUAAUCAAGAAUCUUGUGAUUUAGAUCAACAAAUAGUAGAAGGCAGUAAUACAGAAGAAUUGUUAACACAUCAUCAUUCGAAGAUUUUUGAUGUGCCCACUAUCGCUAGUACUUCUGUUUCUGAGUUGACAACAACCACGACGGCAGAUACAUUGACAAUAUUAACUAAUAAUACUACGUUUGAAGAAUCUAUUGUACCGACCACUGAAAUGACAGUUAUCGAAGAAAACUCAUUCCGAUCGAAUACAAUAAUGAAUACUACUACUGUCGACCCUGUUACUACUUCUACCAGUACUAGUUUUGUAUUUCAGAAUUCAUCCCUAGAUAUACAACAUCAGGAAAGUAAUAACAAUGAUAACAAUAAGAAACAAAACAACAACUGUUGUUUAUCAACCUCAUCGUCAUCUAAACAUAUAACUAAUGAAAAACAACCUGUCUAAUGUUUGUUGAUAUCACAAACACACACACAAAGAGAACUACAUCAUUAUCAUGCUUAGUUUUUUUUCUCUAGGCCCUGUUCCACAAUAUUACUAUUAUAUAAUGAUCAUAUAUAAUUCAUAAUUAUUAGAGAAUAAAAAUAAAAUUAACAAAGGAUAAUUCUAGUGGACGAAACCGAUCAAAAGUAUGUGAGGUGAAACAAGCUAUACACAAUAAAAUGUAAAAGAUGAUCCCUAAUUAGAUUCAGAUUUAUUAGACAAGAUUCUUUUUGUUUUCUUAAUUUAUUCUUAGUGAAAUAUUUGAUUACAAUAUUAACUAUUAGCAUUGUUAUUCUUACUUAUCGUUCGACAUUGUUUAGGUGUCUAUCUGAUUUUACGUAUAUUAUUAUUAUUAAUACUAUUACUAUGAUCUAUUUUCAUAAACAUUUUACAUAUAUACACAUGGUUUCAUUUAAUUAACUGAGCCGACAAUUAAUUCAUUGUAACAAUAUUUUCCCAUUGUUGUGUUUUCGCUGGCGUGUAUAUAUGUGUAUGUUGCGAUUUGUACCUUUCUCUCUCGUCAUAAAUCAUACUUUUUCUUCUUACUUUCAAUUAGUGCUAUUCAGUAGUCUGUCACAUUUAUGAUAAGAUAACAGAGAUAAUUAAGAAUAAGGGUGGGAGGAAUGGUAAUUCUCUCUCUUUCUUUUUCUUUUCUACUAUGUUUAUAAACAAACAAGCAAGUAAAUAUUAUCACCACCCUGAACAUACAUCAUUUAUUAGUUGUAGUUGUAAUUUAUUUAUCCAUUGUGCAAAUUCAAUACAAUAACCAUACAAUACACGCGCAUACACAUAGACACACAUAAAUGAUAAUUUCUUUUUUUCUUUUUAUUCGUCUGUUUGUAAAAUAUCUACUAGUAUUGUUUGUUGAGUAUUUUCAUAGUAUCAGUUUUCAUAUUCAUAAAUUUCUAUGUGCACACAUACAACGUGUGUAUGUGUAUGAUAAUGAAUUGUGAUUAGUGAUUUUGGGUUUACAUAAUUAGUCACUUUAUUACAUGUUUAUUUGGGAUAAUUCUAUACUUGUUUAUAACUAACAAGCUUUUUUUCGAAACAAUUCAUGCCUCAACUACUAUGAAAACAUACAUCAUAUGUGUUUGUGUUUAUUAUUCAUAGAAGAUGGAUGGAUGAUUACAAUAAUAAUAUUGAAAAGUAACCGCUGUAAUUACUCCCGACGCUGUCACCGCUGCCAAUAGCCUACUAACCAAUAAACUUUAAUACUGCAUACUAACUUACAAGUCAUCUUUUAGAUAUCUUGCGUGCAUAUAUCUUUUCAGUUAUGUGUUUAUAUGAUUAUUAUUAUUAUUGUUAUUAUUAUUAUUUGAAUCAGAAUAUGAGAAAAUACAUUUUGAUAAGUAUGUUAUCAUUAAUGAUAGCAAUUUAGCGCCAAAGCUUACUAGAGAUAUUACUAUUAUUCAUUGUGUUCUAUUUGUUUUAUUCAAUUAAAUCUUUUUUGAGUUUGCUUUUUAUAAACAGACACACGCUGAGACAGUGAACAAAAACAUGGAAGCAAAUCAACUUACACAGUCAAAUUACAUGAUUUUCUUCUUUUAGGUUAUUGUUUAUUUGUCGCUCACUUAUGUAUCGGUCUUGUAUUAUUAUUACUAUUGUAUGUGUGUGGUCUCCCACCAUUUUGUUGCAUUGCCCAUUUUGCCUACACUAUUUAUAGAGAUACUUAUCUUUUUUUCGUCUUUUUGUUUGUUUUUCUACAUAACUAUAUCAAUUAUAUUACGAAUGAUUGUGUGAUAUGGACACAAUUAUUAUUAUUAUCGUUAGUAAUAAUGUGUUAAUUAUAGUCUUAUAUUUUACAUAAACAUACAUUCACUUAAGUGUAAUGUAUCUAAUUUCUGAUUAAUUUGUCCUGUUUUUGGUUGUUUAGUGAUUCAAAUAGAAAUUCUAGUUAUUUUUCCUAUUAGCAAAUUCAUUUAGUUGAAAAAAUGUUUUUAAAGAGAUGUGUAUGUUUUUUUAAUAUGAUGAUAGACAGGAAGAGACUUAUACAUCUUUUGCCUUUAUUUUUUUGCUCCCCUUUUCUUUGGAAAAGUUAUCUUUCUAUCUGCUUUUCUUCGUUUUUUGCUAAUUGUUUCUUCUAUCAUUAAUGAGCUGAUAUGUUUGAAUGGUAACGAAUGAUUUUUCAUUGUUCUAGCUUGUUUUUACCAUCGAUUUUUUGCACUUAUUCUACUAUGGACAUCAUAUUAAAUAGGAGUAUUUUCUUCGGUUCCAUGUAUUCUGUUUAUUUCUAAAUGAAAGGAAAAGAUUGUUUUUAAUGUUUAUCAUAUUUCCUGGCAUAGUUUCCCAUUUUUUACUGACGAUGAUGAUCUACUCAUUUUACACCUGUAUGCACAUCAAUCUAUUCACAGUUAUUCAUUAUCAUUUUUACUAUUUAAUGCCAUUUAUGUAAUCACAUUUCGGGAAUAAUAAAGCUAUGUAUCUUCACACUUAUUCAAGAUAAUAAUGAUGAGUUCACAAUAGUCUUUCAUUUAAUGACUUCUGUUUGUUUGUUUGUCCGUUAUUGUUAUUAUUGUCCUUUUCAUCAUCAAGCUUUUUUUGUAACCAUCGUUUUACUAUUUUUUUCAUUAUUCAAUUAUAAUUGUUUAUGUACUCUGUUUCCACGCCCGCUUGUAUGUGUGUGUGUAUGUAUGUAUAGUAUGCUGUUGUUUAUUGUUCUUUCUUGAAAUUAUUAUUUAUGCUUAAUAUCACUUACUUGUUCAUGUAUUUUCUCAAGAUUGUUAGUGUAUUAUAAUUUAAUGAGUGUCAUGUUAUAUGUGUUCACUUUCUGUCUUUUACCACUCAGGUUCAUUUUUUUCGUUUCCUUCCUAUGGUUCACUAUUUCACCGACCAGCAGUUUUAAUUUUGAUUCAAACUUCUACACCAAAAUAGAUGUAUCAUAUUUAUUAUAUUGUACUAACAAAUUAAUUUAUAUUCACAUCUCGAAGAUUUUUACCCUCUUUGAAUAAUAAUUAUUGUUUCCUACCAAUAUGUAUCUUUCUUUAAGUAAAAAGAGAGAAAGUAUUGUUGAAGAUUUGUUUCAUUUUUAACUUUGAUGGUUAAAUUCUUUCUCUAAUGGACAACAGUGAAUAAAUAACGUAAUGACAACAACGGAACAUGUAACUGGGAUCUAUCUUGAGUUAUACUAAUUAACAAAGUAUAACAUUUAAAAAAUAUGCCCAAGUCAUUUCACCCUUCUUGUCUAAUAAGUUAUUUUCUUUUAGUCAUCAUUACUGUUGUUAUGACUGUUCUGGUUCGUGUUAUUAUCCAGAGCCGUUCAUCAAUGUACUUUUAUUUGUGUGUGUGUGUGUGUGUGCGCGAGUAGAUGGGUGGUUCAGUUGAUCAACAAUGAUUGAAUCUUGUGCUUAUACUAUUUUUACAUUUUAUUUUCACUAUUACUGUUACUAAUACUGUUAGAGUUUCUUAUGCCAUGUAUACGAUUUUUAAAGAAAUUUUUAUGUCUACUUUUCUCUCAGUUGCAAUAAUUAACAAUAAGGUAGGGUAGUGCAUUGUAUCUCGAAAAGAAAAACAAACAGAAAUACAUAACAACUUAGCACAAAACAACAGCUUAUUGGUCUUCUUUCUGUUUCUCAUUUAACAAUGUUGGUUUCAUUUAUUUAUUUGUCUUUACUCGCUUCUUUCUGCGCUUACGUAUUGUAUUUGUGGGAUUCGACUUGAUCUACCUAUUCAUUAAUUUAUUUAACAUUUGAGAUUUGUUUAUUUUUUCAGUGAGGAAUAGGUUUUCUGUGUUUUUUUCAACUUUUCACGUCAGUCUGUCAUUUGUUUGUUUUUGUCUCAUUUACAAAAUACUUGAUCUUAACAAUUUCGUUUUCUUUUAUCUAUUGUGAUUUUUUCUAUGCGUCAAUUGUUUACUGGGCUUUUCGUUUAUUCUACUCUACUUUCCAUAGUUGAUAAUCUACAUCUUUUAAAUGCUUAUUUAUUCAAGUCCCAAUAUUAUUAGUACCCUGUUAUUCCACUAGUGUUUCUCGUUGGAUUGUCUUUUUUAUCCAGAGGUGGUUAACAUUGUCCGGUUUUGAGUAUGUAUGCAAUUUUGUGUUCGAUCCACACAAUAAUUUUUUCACAUUGCCUACCCUGGUAUUGAUCGUGCUCCUCUCUUUCUUCGUUAUUACUGUCUUAUUCAAUUUGUACAUCAACGCAAUUACAUACAUAUAGAUUUAACAUUUUCUAAGCUUUUUAAUCAUCUGCGGUCUUUUUCUUGAUAGUCAAGUAUGUAUGUUCUUCUUUUCUACCACUUUUUCUUUCCUCUAUUUCACAAUCAAUUGUCUGUUGUAUUGAAAAAGAUGUUGAGUAACAGCUACCACCGUCACUAUAGUUCAAUGUUAAAUUGUCCAAUGUCUCACUUUCACCAAAGUUUUAUUUUUGUUGCUACAUAAUUUUCAUUUUCAUACAUUUUUAAUCACUCACUAUGUGAUUGUUAUAUUACAAUACUUCUGUGUGUGUUUAAUAAUAAAUACAUGCAGAAGAGAGAUACAUGCACAUAAACCUAGAGUAUACACCAUUGUUCGUAUUUCUUGCUUACAUACAAGUAUAUAUGUGUAGUACUUGUAUCAAUAUUGUUUCUAUUAUAUAGCAUCAUUUAUAUUUCUCUGAUCAGAAUUUAAGAAAACUAAAAGAUUAUUCUAGAUGAUACUAUAUUACUAAAAUGCUACUUAUUUUCUUUAAUAGGAUUUUUUUCAUUAUUACAUUCUGUCAUUAGACAUUUACAAAAAUCAAAACAGAUUAUAAACAAUACAAUUACAUACGAAAAAUAAAUAUGUUCUGACUUUUUGUUGCUCUGAUUGGUUUGGAUAAAUGUAGAAAAGUAGCUAUUAAACGGGUGCGAGUGGUGGUUAAAACUUUCAACUAUCAAGCUAAUUGUUUCGAGACUUUAGUCAAUCUGCUUUCGUCUGGGUAACUUCAUAGUUGGCUUGGAACCAACUCCUUGAUUCAGUAUCUGGUUAAUGAUCUAGGUAAAUAGAAUAAGUACUAUCAUAGCGGGUAGAUCUGAAUGUCCUAGACUCGAUUUCUAGCGCGGCCUUGGGUGAGCUAAAAGUUGGACUUCAAUAGCUUUUUUUUCUGCAUUAUAAUCUAGUUAUUGUUAGGGAUAGCAAGUGUUUUAGGAUUUUAAAAGAUAGCAGUGUGUAAUCCCCCUAGUCCGUCGAUAUUCACAUUCGGACUCAAAACCGGCACCCUUCAUUUUAAAUCUAAAUUGUCACCCACUAAACGUGUGGGUCUACAUGGUCGCUAACUUGUUCAUCGGGUAUGAUGUAUGUGCAAUUAGUAAGUUUUAAUUAUUCUGUCGUGAAGAUCACGGAUUCAAAUAUUUCUUACUUAUAAGUCUCAAAUAGGAUGGAUUUCGUGAUAAUCUAUCCUAUAAAAUGUGCGGGAGUAUUGCUAUGCUGAGUUAAUCUCCUCAGGAUAUGCAUAUGUCAACAAAGACCGAAAUUCAGUCCUAAAUGCCAACAAUAGGGUAAUGUAAACCCUUUCAAUGAUAAUCAUACGAAGAUGUAUUGGAGGUUGAUAGCCAUAUGUUAAAUUAACUUAACAUCAAGAGAUAGACAACCUGGAGGAAAAUAAUUUAUGGAUAGCGUCUCCAUAGAUCUGGCGUUUAAUUUGUAUCCCUAAACAGCAGUCUAGUUUUAUGGUUAAUGUUAGUUCGUGAUGAGAACCAUAACUCUCAAUCCUGAUUCGUUACAUUAAUCCAUAAGUGUAUUUUAAUGAUAAAUGAUCAGUUUUUUCAAGGUCGUCCAUCAGCCCUUAUAUCACCCAAAUUUAUUAUCGAACGCAAUAUUGAACUAAUUAAGCUA